UUUAUAAAUAGUACCUGCUUUGCGACCCACCCAGCACUAACCAGCUCUUGCCGGUGACUCAAACUUUUCGAAAAAACUCUAAAAAUGCAGACCAAAGAUUAUUUUCAAACAAUCAUUACAUUUCUUUCUAUAGUGCUAGUUUUAUUGAACAAAAACAGAUGCGAGGCGAAUGAAAUUGAGCUGCCAAAACAGUUUGUGGCCAGCAGUUCGCACACCAACAAUUGGGCGGUGCUGGUGGAUACAUCCCGUUUCUGGUUCAACUAUCGGCAUAUUGCCAACGUACUGUCGGUGUACCGUUCGGUAAAACGGUUGGGCAUUCCGGACAGCCAGAUACUACUGAUGAUUGCCGACGACAUGGCGUGCAAUCCGCGGAAUCCCCGUCCCGCCACGGUGUUCAACAACGCCAACCAGCACAUCAACGUAUACGGAGCGGACGUGGAGGUGGACUAUCGAGGCUACGAGGUGACGGUGGAGAAUUUCGUCCGUUUGCUUACCGGGCGGAACGAAAACGGAACAGCUCGCUCGAAGCGGCUGCUCUCGGAUGCUGGCAGCAACGUACUGAUCUACCUGACCGGUCACGGAGGCGAUGGUUUCUUGAAGUUUCAAGACUCGGAGGAGAUUACUAACCAGGAGCUGGCAGAUGCUAUCGAGCAAAUGUGGCAAAAGCAGCGCUACAAUGAGCUGUUCUUCAUGAUCGACACCUGCCAGGCGGCUUCCAUGUACGAAAAGUUCUAUUCGCCGAACAUCUUAGCCGUGGCGAGCAGCUUGGUGGGAGAGGAUUCCCUUUCGCACCAUGUGGAUCCGGCCAUUGGGGUUUACAUCAUUGAUCGGUACACGUACUACGCACUGGAGUUCCUGGAGAAGGUGGAAGUCAACAGCAAGAAAACCAUGGGAGAGUUUCUCUCAGUGUGUCCCAAACGAGUAUGCAUAUCGACGGUGGGAGUUCGGAAGGACCUGUAUCCCAAGGACCCCUACAAAGUACCCAUCACCGAUUUCUUUGGAUCCAUACGACCCACGGAAAUCACUACAGGGGUGGUGAAUGUCACUCUGUCCACCAUUCCGGAAGAUCAUUUUGAAAAGAAACCGAUCAGCAAACCAAAUCCAGCUUUGUUCUACGAUCAAUUUCCAUCUGAGCUGUUUGCGUAAGACGUCCGUCACUCUAGUCGCAGUAUUUUGAAGGUAAGGCUGACUGAUAAUGCGAAUAAAUAUUGAACACAGUA